AUGGAAACACCCAAGCAUCAUUUGGAAGAGCUGGUCAAUGGUGGCAGCCACGGCAAACAUGGCUCUGAGAUCUCAAGAGCCACCUCUCCAGCCGGGACCAUAACCAUGCAGGAUGGUCAUGCGAACGAUGGCGGAAAUCAGAACAAGCGCAACAGACCGCGAACAUAUCCUUACUUUUCUACCUUACCAUACCCGACGGAAGAUGAGGCAAAGAGACAGGCAGAUCUGGCGGAGAUACUGAAGCGUCUGUACAUUGCCAUCCAGGCUAGCGACUUCACUCCAGGUGCGGUACAUUGGACAAGAGAACUGCGCAGUUGGCUCUCACUGAAGUUCGAUCCCACCAAGGAGCAGCGUGUAAAGCUCGUCAGGCUCUAUUAUGAACUGGCUCUAGCUCCUGGGAUUGAUCCCGGCGUGGGCGAGCGCUUUGCCAGCAUGUUCAUGCUGCUCACCAAACGGAAACACUACUUGCGACCCUUGCUUGACCUAACCCUCGACUGGCGACCCCUCUUCCGAGAAAUCAAAGUAUUCGUGCUACCAAGCGAGUCAGGCUUGAUGCAGACAACAAACCUCAAGAGAAACAUCAAGACACUCAUUAAGAUCAGCUCGUUUGCCCAGCUCUAUUUUGAUCCAGAGGACAUCCCCGCUAUGCUAGAAGAGAUUCUCCCUCACUUCACAAUGUCCUCGACUGAAGGCGCAUUUGUGGUGAUAGGACUGCUCAAUAUGCUGCUGCCAACAGGACCGCCACCGCCGAAUCGUUCGGACCUGAACCCCCAGCGUUUUCUUCCCACCUUUUUCCACCUCUGGUCCUUGGUAAACCGAUCCCGGACAGUUGAUGUCGCCCUCGUCGAUCUUCUCUCACGCCUCGCCCGGGACUCGCUGCCUAGUAAACAAGUCGAGUUUUCCGAGUUUGGGAUAUUCACAGCUGAGCAGUCGACGCUGAUCACAACUGCCGUUCUGAGGUUAUUAGAGAUUCCUGUUGGGCAAUCCACAUCGCCUUACAGUGCUCUGGUGGACAUAACAGCGGGCAUGGGGUUUCUACUAGACCGUGAUUCGCGCAAGCACCCUGUCUCGCACCACAUCGCUCGCUGGUUUGUCAUGUCGUUAUCACCAGCUUGUCUGGAAAAGAAGACCUCGGUUCUUUCUCUCCUCGAGACUCUGAUCCAAGCAAUUGAGACAUUCUUCCAUCCAUCGAACUCUGGCUCCUGGACUCGAACUCUAGCCCAGCUUGUGUUCUAUCUGGCCGACUUCUUUGUCAUGCGGUGGAACAGGGAACGCAAUGGCGAAAUGGAGGUCCCAGAGGAGCGAAAGCUCAACGAAGCACUGAGAAAACGAUUUGUCCUCUGCUUGCGAGAAGUCAUCUUCAUGGGCAUCUAUGCCAAGAGUGGAACGGCCAUGAGCUAUUCGCUGUCAACCCUUCAGGCUCUAGCGUUCUUGGAGCCAGACUUGAUCCUUCCCGGGGCUCUCCAACGGAUUUAUCCCUCAAUGCAAGGACUUGUUGAGGUACACCGAACAAUUUCAUCUAUGCGGUCAUUGCAAAUAUUAGCGAGGACGAUGAUCAGAACAAAGGGCUAUCGAUGUCACAUCACAGCUCUCCUGGGACUGGCUCUGCCGGGCAUCGAUGCCAACGAUCUCGACAAGACUCUGUGUACACUGUCGUUCUUUGCGAAUGUCUGCUACAAUAUACCAUUCGAAGAUCUUUCCAAGGGCAGAGAGGAUGUCCAAGGUAACAUGCUGGCUAUGGAGUGGAUCACAGGAGAGAUGGAGCGAAUGGAGCAGGAGGGCUCUCAUGUCGAGUUAAAUUAUGCCGCCUUGAAUGAAAAGGACGAAGAAUUGAUACUUGCUUCGUCCACCGCCGGGUUUGGGGAGUUUGUUACAUCGUUCUUGGGCAGGGUCUUCACUCUUCUGGAAAAUUUGCCAGAUGCAGCGCGCGUCAGAAGUGGCUCUCCGGAGGAGAACAUUGUCAACACGCUGCCGGCAGCUUUCAUGCCCUUGCUAGCAUCUCUCUCACCGGAAUUGUACGACAUGGCAUUGAACAAAAUUGUUGACUUCGUUGCCAACCACGUCAUUCAUCAGUCGAGAGAUGCCAUGGCCUUCAUCUGCAACUGCCUAUGCAAGGUUGACCCCGAGAAGGCUUUGGCGAAAUUCGUUCCUGUCUUGAUCAGCGCCAUCCGCACAGAAAUCGAUGAGAAUGGCGCGGGCUCGACACGAAAUGCCGCCUCAGAUGUCCUGCCUCGAGACAGAGGCUUGGUAUGGAAUAUCAGCAUGCUCAGCAUGUGUGUGGUUCAUGUGGGCUCCGCGGUGCUGAAAUACAAGAAGGAGCUCUUCGACAUCGCCGUGUACAUGCAGCAAAAAUGCAAGGGUAUGCCAACUGUGCACGUUUCCAACUACGUGCAUCAUUUGCUGCUAAACCUUACUGUGACUUACACUGCCGACUACGCUUUGUAUGAACCGGAGAAGGUUAAGAAUGGGAUAACUGCAGAUCUCUGGGGAGUGGCGGAACCCCCAGCAACCAUCAAACCAAAGUGGCAUGUUCCAUGCAAAGAAGAGAUCGAUUUUGGUGUAGAAUUGUUCCAGAACCAGGCUGAAAGCGCAGUGCAACAUCUACAACGCCUCAUCGACGGUUCAUCCAGCAUUAAACGCGAUGGCAGCGGCAAAGAAUGGUCGGAUGAAGUUUCAAGGAACCUCGUUCUCCUCCGUCUGCUGCUCGCAGGGGUAUCAGUUCUCUUUGAUUCCAAAGGAGUCAAUGAGGGUCUGACCACGACUGCGACAGGCAUCGAUGCUGAUACUGACACCUCGAUGUCUCAUGCGAAUGGUCACGCUCCCGAACAAAAUAAUGAAGUUGAGACUGACGCUUCUCUUGAUGGCACGGACGAGACAUCGAUCAAACCCUCUUUCCAGUAUCCCGCAGGCGAGCUGCUCAAGCCGGAGGAUGCGAACUACAAGCUUCUUCACCGGCUUAGGCAGAAGAUUGGCCGUGUCCUACAUGAUGUCCACGUCUUUCUGACCCGAGAAGGGGAGGACGAUGUGUCGUCUUUCGCUCCCCUAUAUACAGCUUAUCGGUCAUGGUUCGUUGAUGUUGGCAUCGAGCGCUCAGCCCACGUUCUUGACAGAGUCACUCGACUGCUACACGCCGACGAGCAGCCGUACAAAGUGAGUGGAGUACGUAAGGACUACCCUCGCUCAAUACUCGUUCGACGUGCCAAUGUCUACCAUACCCAAAGGCUCCGGCAUAAUGCAGCACCUAGACCACGGUCAGAGCUCGACGAGCUGCUUCUGCUAGACCUUGCAGAGUCUGCUGUCUCUUUAUACACCGAAGUUCGUCGGAACGCGCAAAGUGCAGGCGAGUCAGCUCUAAAGGUGAUUUUUGGAGCUCGACUUUUCGUCAUCCCGCCCCUCAUCGCGGCCUUCCAGAAAGCAGUGGAGAAGAACGAUUUCCCCCGAAUCAAAGGUGGACUGUUUGCCUUGUUGUUUGGUAGUCUUGCAAAGACAGUGGGUAGACAUUGGAAGUACACUCCUGCCGUCAUAAGGACAUUCAUCGAGGCUAGCACUGCCGACAAACCUUCCAUCCAGAAACUUUGCAGCGGCGGUUUGUUCCAAAUUAUGGACUACGGUCGACCAGGCGAUCGACUGGCUAUUAUCGACCGCACAGUUGUUGACCCGUUUGCCCCCGAGGAAGACGUCGAUGAGAAAAUCGCAAAGAAAAAAGCGUUUAUCCUGAGCAAGCGUGCAAAUAUCGAGCGCAAGAAGGCAGAACUUGCGGAAGAGCUCAUUGAACUGACUCGCGUCUCACAUUGGAAGAAAGCCACUCGUGUAGCGACGCUAGUCAUGUCAUUAGGGAUGCGUUUUGACACAGUUGCUUCGGACAGCAUGAUUGAUCUGAUAACCCUGGGCACGAUAGAUCCUCAUCCGGGCCUGCGAGGAUUGUAUUCCCAAGGAUUGGUGGCUCUGUUCACCAUGACGGACGUGCGGGCUGUGUGCAACCACGAGUAUGCGAAUUACAUCCAGGCAAUUCAAGAGUUCCCCGCGAAAGUCAAGGUCGAGACCAGAGCCGGGGAAGAGUCGUGGACCGAAACAUUUUUGAAGGCAUUCUCUCAACCCGAUGCCGAGGUCUACAUUGACCAUGAUUAUCCCGGUUGGCUUGUGUGGUCAAAAGACAUGCCUGGCUACAAAGCCAAUGUGCAGAACGAUAUCAUCUAUGACGAACUGGAAUGGAAGAAACGAACAGUAAUCGGCAAGCACUUGGAUCGACAAUGGUUUGUCACCUUUUUCAAAUACCUGAAGCAGGAACCGCGAGACCAAUCAGCGGACAAGUUCCGCAUGGCCAGUGCUGCAAUGUUGACUUAUGCCUUCGAAUUGAUUAUCAGAGAUGGUCUAGCGGUGGCAACAUUCGAAGACAUCAAAGAAGAGACAUUGGCCGUUUUUGAGGACGGCAGCGACAAGCACCAACAUCGUGCAACAGCAGAGAUCCUGGGUGGUUUGGUCACGUCAGUGAUGGAUAACUCCAUUGAGCGGCGGACGAUGGUGUGGGAAUUCGCGUUCCCCAUCAUUCAGCGAGUCUUUUCGGACGGCCUGACUCCAGAGAAUUCCGGCUACUGGACGACUUUCCUUCAUAUGAUUCUUCAAUCUCGGGACCCUCGAAGAGCAUGGCCUUUGGUGGAGUGGCUAACUAGCUUCCGCCUUGACAUGGGAUCUAACGCUGCUUUCAAAGAGAGCUCAAAGAUUCAUCUCCUCCAUCAAGUCAUCUUAGAUGCAGGGUGGCAUUUCCAGCUGGAAAAGCCCAUCAUGGAGAACUUCCUAGGCCACAUUGAUCACCCAUACAAAGGCGUUCGAGAGGCUAUGGCUCAGACACUUGCUGCUAUUACCCGCACUCGAUACCAUGAAUCGUACAAGAAUGUCGAGGAGCUCCUCGAAGCCCAGAGAAAGGCGGGCCCUAUUGGGACCCAGCCCUACCUGCCAACCAAAGAAUUUGACGAGACCAUGAGCGAGAUUUUCGAGCGCUUGGACAAGUGGCGACAUGAACGCACCCCAGGUCAACAGACCCCUUCGGCUUAUACAUCUGGGAGCAAAACCAUACUAUUGUGGCUUGACUCGAUGCUCUCGUCAUACGAGUGCACACAGUUAUUGAAGUACUUCCCCAAUUUGUUUAUGGAGCAAUUCCUGCACAUGAUGGAUGUCAAGGAGGAUCCAGAGUUGCAAUCCCUGGCUUAUCAUGUCUUCCGUCACCUGCCGAAUAUUCCCCAUCGGAUAGGAGAGGAUCAAGCAUUGAUCGAGUCGCUGAUCCGCAUAGGGAGAACAUCUCCGUCAUGGCAUCAACGUUUGCGUGUCAUGAUCAAUAUGCAGAUCAUCUUUUUCCGACGCCUGUUCUUGCUGUCCGAAGAAAGUAAGCAGAAACUAUUCAACUGCGUGGCUGAUAUGCUCCAAGAUACACAACACGAGGUCCGUGCGGGUGCUGCCACGACCUUGUCUGGGAUGAUCCGGUGCUCGCCGCUCGAGCUGCGGGAGAGGAUGAUCAUCCAUCUGAGGGAUCGAUUUACACAAAUGCUCAUUGACAAUCCCCUACCGAAGAAACCCAAGGGCCAACUAGCCGGGCUGUCGUCAGCACGGACUUCAGGGACCAACACACCUACCCCUGAAGCACAGCGGCUUGUCAUCGUUCGCCAUGCGGCAGUGCUCGGGUUGGGCGCUCUGAUUCAGGCAUUCCCUUAUUCAAGUCCACCGCCGGCUUGGAUGCCUGACGUCUUGGUCACUUUGAGCAGCAAGGCGGCGAACGAUCCAGCAACUGUGGGCAACAGCGUCAAGAGCAUAAUUAGCGACUUCAAGAAGACGAGGCAGGAUACUUGGCAUAUAGAUGUCAAGGCAUUCAAACCAGAACAAAUUGAAGACCUCUCUGGUGUAUUGUGGAAGAGCUAUUUUGCUUAG